AUGGGCGGCGAGAAGGAGAACCUCGACCUCUCCGACCUCAACAGCUCCCUCCCCGCCGCCGCCGCCGCCCUCAGCGCCGAGGACCGCGUCGGUCUCGUCAAUGCCCUGAAGGAUAAGCUGCAGAGCUUGGCGGGGCAGCACGCGGACGUGCUCGAGUCGCUCUCGCCCAAUGUCAGGACGCGUGUUGAGUUUCUGAGGGGCAUUCAGAGCCAACAUGAUGAGAUUGAGGCGAAGUUUUUUGAGGAACGGGCUGCCCUUGAAGCCAAGUACCAGAAGCUGUAUGAACCAUUGUAUGCUAAGAGGUAUGACAUUGUAAAUGGAGUUGUGGAGGUUGAUGGUGCUGCUAAAGAACCUACCAGUGAAAAUGCUGCCGAGGGGGGAGAUUCAGAUGCUAAAGGAAUCCCAGAUUUUUGGCUCACUGCUUUGAAAACAAAUGACGUGCUGACUGAGGAGAUCCAAGAGCGUGAUGAGCCUGUUUUGAAAUAUCUAAAGGAUAUCAAGUGGUCUAGAAUUGAUGACCCUAAGGGUUUCAAGCUUGAGUUUUUCAUUGAUACAAACCCUUUCUUCAAGAACUCUGUCCUAACAAAAUCCUAUCAUAUGGUUGAUGAGGAUGACCCAAUUUUGGAGAAAGCAAUCGGGACUGAAAUUGAGUGGUAUCCUGGGAAAAAUGUGACACAGAAGAUUCUAAAGAAGAAACCCAAGAAAGGUUCAAAGAACACCAAACCUAUUACUAAAACUGAAGAGUGCGAGAGCUUCUUCAACUUUUUCAGCCCCCCACAAGUACCUGAUGAUGAUGAGGACAUUGAUGAAGAAGCCGCUGAUGAGCUUCAGGGUCAAAUGGAGCAUGAUUAUGACAUUGGGUCUACCAUAAGGGACAAGAUCAUCCCUCAUGCUGUUUCUUGGUUUACUGGUGAGGCUGUGCAAGCUGAGGAUUUCGAUGAUAUGGAAGAUGGUGACGAGGAUGACGACGACGAUGAUGAUGAUGAUGAAGAAGAUGAUGAGGAUGAUGAGGACGAGGACGAAGACGAUGAUGAAGAUGAGGAAGAGCUAAGCAAGCCGACGAAGAAGGUGGCGGGCAAACCGAAGGGACCUGCAAAGGGUGGCGCACAAGGGAACGCCGAGCAACCGACGGAGUGCAAGCAGCAGUAG